AUGCUUCGACGAGCACUGUAUGAAUGUGAUGUAUUGGGUGUGCGCAUAGUGCGUUCGUUAUCGAGUGAUGCCAAAGUAAAGAAAGGCAAGAUGAGUGCUGAGGAUAUCGUCAAAAAGAAAACACCGAAAGGAAAAUUGGACGAUGUAAUGGAGAAACCCUAUGAAGACCCUUAUUUGCCACGUCAUCCAGGAGGUGUUAACCCGGUAACUGGUGAAAUUAAUGGUCCAGCCGGUCCUGAACCAACCAGAUACGGUGAUUGGGAACGCAAAGGACGUGUUUCAGACUUCUGA